AUGAGAUGUGGCUUCAAAAUUGGAGGUGGCAUAGACCAAGAUUACCACAAAAGCCCGCAAGGGUAUACUGACAAUGGAAUCUAUGUGACAGAGGUCCAUAACAACAGUCCAGCAUCCAGGGCAGGUCUUCGGGUGCAUGACAAAAUCCUCCAAUGUAAUGGGUAUGAUUUCACCAUGGUAACACAUAAAAAAGCUGUGAGCUACAUCAAGAAACAUCCAGUGUUAAACUUGCUGGUAGCUCGGAAAGGUGUCACAUCAACAUAA